ACGAGGGUUAGCUCCUCUGCUAGCCUCUCUCACAUACACACUCACUAAUCUAGAGCUAACAGAGCUAAAGGAGCUAACGGAGCAGCAGAGACCAGAGCAGCAGCAGCAGCCAUGACAGACACCGAGUCCCUCAGCGUCGCCUUACAGGCCCUCACCGUGAGCACCGAGCUGAUCGAAGAAGAGCUGAAGCCUCACCUGGACACACUGCUCGCUGCUCUGCUGGACAAGAAGAAAGACGCUGCAUUGGAAAUUUCCAGAAGCGGGAUUCUUCCAACAUUGGCUCAGGUUUUAGAGAGGCGGAGCAACCUGAGCUGCCAGGUGGCAUUGGUGGUGGCAGAGAUGGCUCGAGAAGCUGCAGUGAGGGAGCCGUGCAUCCAGGCCGGUCUGGUCAAGGUUCUGGUUCCACAUCUGAACAGCAACAACGAGGAGAUGCUGCUGAACACGGGGCGAGCCAUAGGACGGAUCUGCUUUGACAACGCGUACCAACAGGACCAGCUGGUGCAGAGCGGCGUGAUCCCUCGACUAGUGACCAUCAUCACAGAUUUCCCAGAGAAUGACCCGCUGGUCAAUGUGUGUCUGCUGGCGCUCUGUAACUUGGCCGACAUUGAUUCAGCACGGGUCGCUCUGGCUGAUCAGGAUAUCGCAGGAGUUUUAACGUUUCAGCUAAAACGAGCUCCUGAUGCUGAACGCCGUCACGUGAUCCUGGAGAUCCUGGGCUCACUGGGAGAGAGUGACGCCCUGAAGCUGCAGUUCGUAGAGUCCGGAGUACCAGAAGCUUUAUCUGAGAUGAUCCAGACUCUACAGGGAGGGUCGGACGCUCACGAUCUCUGCAGCAUCAAGAUCGCCUCAAACCUCAUCGUCUCUCUGCUGUUAGGAGAUGAGUCUAUGCAGAAGUGUUUUGGGGAGGGAUCUGGUCUGGUAUACCGGGACGUUCUAUCGUGGCUUCAGAGCUCAAACACCCAGCUGCAACUGUCUGGUGCGCUUGCCAUCGCCAACUUUGCUAGAAAUGACAGUAACUGUGUGAAGAUGUUUGACCUCGGCGUUGUUCCUCACCUCCUCACACUGCUUGAGAAACAUGUCGAUGAAGGAGAUGUUUCUGUUCAACAUGCUGGACUGAGCGCGCUCAGAAACCUUGCCAUCCCAGCCUCUAAUAAAGUCCGGAUGUUGGAGGGCGGCGUCACAGAGAGGAUAAAGACCCUGCUGCGCUCCGACAUGCCGCCAGUUCAGUUCAAACUACUGGGAACGUUACGCAUGAUGGUUGAUGGACAAGAGGAAACUGCAUUGGUGCUGGGCGGAGACUCGACUCUACUCGCUCGGGUCAUGGAGUGGUGUGACGCCAAAGAUCACGCUGGAGUCAGAGGGGAGGCCAGCCGCCUGCUCGCCGCUCUGAUCAGACAUAGCCGGAGCCCCGAAGUUGUUCGUGCUGUGGCCAAAGCAGACGGGAUCCCCCAUCUCAUCUCCAUGGCAACAAGUGAACAUGUCAUUAUGCAGAACGAGGCCCUGGUUGCUUUGGCGAUUGCAUCUGCCAUCAACAUAGACUGUGUGCAGGCUGCAUUCAUGGAUGCCCAGGUGUGUGGACUCCUGAAGAACUUGCUGGAGGAUCCUGUGGGAGCAGUGGAGGUGAAGUUUAGUGCUCUGGGUCUCGUCUGCAGCCUCUCUAACGACGGUGUGCUAAGGGACCAGCUGAUCUCAGUCAACAUGGCGGAGACUCUGAGCAAACUGACGAAUCACAGCAGCAGUAAAUUGUCAUCUCAAGCCACCUCAAUCCUGUCAACACUCAGUGAGUCUACGUGAAGAAGAGGACACGACCGUCUCUUUGGAUUGAUUUCUCA